GCUUUUCUUAGAGUUUUCUUCCUAAGAAAUUAAUUUUCGUUUUAGGCCACUUGAAGCCUCUUGUCUCGUCUCCCCGUUUCCCUCUCUCGCAUCUCUUCGCAAUACUUUCAAGGAAACUGGUGACCUUGUCGUCUAUUCCUCUUCGAUCUUUAUGGCUUUCCUUUCUAUCGAUCAAAAUGUUCAUGCAUAUCGUUAGUUUUUCCUCUCCCGGAUCUGUUGCAGAAGAUCUCUGAUUUUGGGGGUAUCGAUUUCAAGAUAUUGAGAUUGAAAGCCGACGAGUCUCCUUCUUGAAGUUUUCCUGUCUAAUCACGUUUCUAACCGACGGAAUUAGGGUUUCCUUUUCUCGUUUUAUAGGGCUUGUGGAUUGCAGAAGCCCCUUUUUGGUUCCGCAGAUGUCUAUUGUGUGGCAGAUCUAUUGAUUAUUGAGCCGGAUGGCUAACGGCACAGAUUCGGAGCAGUUCGUGUUGUUGUCCGGUGUUCGAACUGGUCUUAAACGCGAAUUCGCUUUUGCCUUGAAGGUUCAAUCCGAGCUGUCUGGUUCACUUGGACGGACUAGAGCAAGAAAGUUUCAAAAUAGCCCUACUGCUAAUGCAGUUUCCGAUAAUUCCAGUAAUAAGAGAUUUAAGAAUUCGCAUGCGAAGAAGGAAUCAAAGAAUGAUGCUGCAAAGCCUCAAAUUGAAGAGGAGCUGAAGAGAGAGUUGGACAAAUCGCUACCUGGGGUGGAGCCCGAGGUCGAUCUGGCGAAAUCUGUAAGCAAAGAGGAGCGGAAGAACGAUGGUCCAGAAGAAUCCAAGAACGAUCAGGUUGAAUUUCCAAGCGAGAGAGAGAAGGGUGAGAUUUUGAAACCUCUCAAAGAGGAAGGGAGUAGCAUGGAAUUCCCAAUGCUGAUUGACGACGAAAUCCAAGCUAAGCGUGCUUUGCCGGAGAAGCCCCUCAGGCGAUUUACUCGUUCGGCCUUGAAAUAUAAGGCAAAGCCAGUGGAGAUCUCAGAUACGACAAGUGGUGGGUCAUUUGUGUCUGAAGAUGUCAAGGAGAGAAAGAAUAGUGCGCUGAAAGAGGACCCAAUGAGUGACCCGGUCAAAUCUCCAAGCGAGGAGAAUCGCCAUAUUGAUCUGGUGAAACCGGCGACACCUGCAAGAGAAGUGAAGGCCGAGGAAGAGGUUUUUUGGGGACGCAAUACUGAUCAGAAGAGAUCAGACGUAGGGGAGGAGCCCAAGAAUGACCCUAUAAGACCUCAAACGGAGAAAGGAACUUGCGCGGUAUCCCCAAUGGUGAUUGAUGGUUGUAGCGAGGUACAGAAUGUCUCGCUGGAGAGGCCACCGAGGCGGUUUACUCGCUCAGCCUUAAAGCCAAAUGUAGAACAAAUGGAGGUUUCCGCCUCUGCAGGUGGUGAUUCUGUCGUACCAGAAGAUGCCAAGGAUGAAACAUCUGCGAAAGGUGGUUCAGUCAUAUCAGAUGCCAAGACUCGGGCUGUACGAGGGGAGGGCGAAAUUAUUGAUGUGGUUAGCCCAUUGAUAGCAUCACCCAAGAAGAAGUUAGAAAUGAAAAUGUCGAAAAAGAUUGCCUUGACCAAAUUACCCUCUAAGGUCCGGGAACUCCUAGAUACUGGUAUGCUCGAAGGACUGGCUGUCAAGUACCUCCUUCGUGGGAAGACGAAAGGGAUUCGAGGAGUGAUUAAAGACUCUGGAAUUUUGUGUUCUUGUGAUUCCUGCAAGGAAUGCAAGGUUAUUACUCCCGUCCAGUUUGAGCAGCAUGCUGGUAGUUUAAAUAAACGCCCAGCUGAUUAUAUUUACUUGGAGAAUGGGAACAGCCUCCGUGAUGUAAUGAAUGCAUGCAAGGAUGCUCCCUUGGACACAUUGGAAGCAACAAUUCAAAAAGCAAUUGGUUCAUCUCCUGUGAACAAUGCUGCUGUUUGUCAGAAAGAUGCUACCACAUGUCAGAAUUGCAAAAGGCCUUUUAGUCCAUCGCGCACUAGGAGGUCAAUGCUUUUAUGCAGUUCAUGCAUAGUGGCAAAGGAAUGUCAAGAAAGUUCACCUUCUAUGACUGGUGCUACUGUUAGGUCAUUAAAGCCGGUACUAACUCCAAAAUCUUCUAUCAGUGCCUCAAAGCGUAUCUUAUCACCAAAAUCAAAUAGCAGUAAAGGGAAGAUAACAAGAAAAGACUUGAGAUUGCAUAAGUUGGUUUUUGAGGAAGGUGGUUUACCUGAGGGAACUGAAGUGGCUUAUUAUGCACGCGGACAGAAAUUGGUUGAGGGUUAUAAAAAGGGUUUUGGAAUAUUCUGUCAUUGCUGCAACAGUGAGGUCAGUCCAUCACAGUUUGAAGCACAUGCUGGUUGGGCUUCUCGUCGGAAACCCUACCUACACAUUUUCACAUCUAAUGGGGUGUCACUUCAUGAAUUGUCAAUUUCUCUUUCGAAAGGUCGGAAACUUUCUUCCCAAGACAAUGAUGACCUCUGCACCAUCUGUGCAGACGGUGGGGAUCUUUUGCUUUGUGAUGGAUGCCCGAGGGCCUUUCACAAAGAUUGUGUGUCUCUGUCAAGCAUCCCUCGUGGUAAAUGGUACUGUAAAUAUUGCCAAAAUAUGUUCCAAAGAGAAAAGUUUGUUGCGCAUAAUGCCAAUGCUAGGGCUGCUGGAAGGGUUUCAGGAGUUGAUCCUAUUGAGCAAAUAUCCCAGAGAUGCAUACGAAUUGUCAAUACCUCAGAAGCUGAUGUUGGUGGAUGUAACUUAUGCCGAGGUCAUGGAUUUAGCAAAUCAAAAUUUGGUCCACGGACAGUUCUACUAUGUGAUCAGUGUGAGAAGGAAUUCCAUGUUGGCUGUUUGAGGGAUCACAAAAUGACAGAUCUGAAGGAAUUACCCAAGGGGAAGUGGUUUUGCUGCACGGAUUGCAAUAGGAUAAAUUCUGAUUUGCAAAAGUUGCUUGUUCGUGGACCAGAGAAGUUGCCAGACUCUCUUUCAAAUAUUAUAAAGAAGAAGUAUGUGGAAAAAGGUUCAGAUAAUACUGAUCUUGAUGUAAGCUGGAGGCUUCUCAGAGGGAAGAUUGCUUGUCUUGAGACUAAACUGUUGCUCUCAAAGGCUGUGGCUAUCUUUCAUGACCGGUUUGAUCCUAUUGUUGAUUCAACAACAGGUCGUGAUCUUAUACCACCAAUGGUUUAUGGGAGGAAUAUAAGGGAUCAAGAAUUUGGAGGGAUGUAUUGUGCAGUAUUAACAGUGAACUCAUCUGUUGUAUCAGUUGGAAUUCUUCGGAUUUUUGGAGCAGAAGUUGCAGAACUUCCUUUAGUUGCCACAAGAAGUGAUAACCAGGGACAGGGCUGCUUCCAGUCCUUGUUCUCUUGCAUUGAGAAGCUUCUGGGGUUCUUACAUGUAAAGAAGCUAGUGCUCCCGGCAGCUGAUGAGGCUGAAUCCAUUUGGACAGAAAAGUUUGGUUUCACAAAGAUUGCCCCAGAUGAGCUGAGCAAGCUGAGGAGAGAGUGCCAGAUGAUGACCUUUCAGGGGACUUCGAUGCUACAAAAGCCAGUCCCCAAGUGUAGUUGGUGAGGACAUCUGAUAGUAAAUCCCCCGGCAGGGACCAAAGAUAGCCAGCCCUUUUGUUUUCCUUUGUACAGGGAGGGACAUAAUUUGAUUGUACAAAUAGGAACGGGACUCACUACCUCCAAAGAGUUUUUGGUUUACUUUUUUCUGUUUAUUUGGAUGUAGAAACUAUAUGAAUGAAGAUAGAGAUGGAUCGAGUUGGUUGGUAGGUAGUGAGGUAGGAAAUUGUUAGCAUCAUAGAUCCAAUCUUUUUGAACCGAGGGGAUGUGAAAAUGCCACAUCCUUUUGUAAUUUGUGGGAACUUUAGCCCCUCCUUUUGCCCUGGUGAUCUCUAUUGCAGUAAAUAUUUCUCUUUAUUUAUAUA